GUCCGAUGGCAGCUGAAGCUGGCCCAGCGGCGCAAGCCCCAAGUGCGGAGGCCACAAGGAGCUUCAAGGUAGAUCCAGCCAGCAAAGAUGAAGUGGAGGCUUUCAUCAAAGAAAACAACCGUUGGAUUGAUGAUGCAGCCGCCAGCGAGCUUCGAAAUAUGUCACCGGAGGAUCAGAGGCGCGUCAUUAGCGCUGGUACUUUGGUGAGCUGUCGCGACGCCGCGGGUGUGAUGCGUUCGCGGGUCCGCCAGGCGAAGGAGAAGGAAGCGAUUCUGUCUGGCUCGAAGACAGAAGAUGCGGCCACAAAGCUGUCCAUUCCUGCCAGCAAGGAGGAGGUUGAGGCGUUCAUUUCAGCCAAUCGCCGUUGGAUGACGCCGGAGUCGGAAGAGAUGAUGAAGUUGAUGAACCCGCUCGACCAGAAGCGAGUGAUCACUGGAGGGACUCUGUCGGGCUGCCGCGAUUCGGUGGCGGUGCUGCAAACUCGGGCGAAACGGGGACGAGAGAUGGAGUUGGAGUUUGAGAUGAUCGCCAGUGGGAAGAAGGUGGAACCACCCAAGCCGGCAUCGGAGCAGAUGCCGCUGCCGCUCUUCUCGGCAGAGGCGGCUCGUGCCUUCAUCCAUGCGACUCCACAGGAGGUCCGCUCCGAGCACUCGCGCUUCGCCUCCGCGGCGGAUCCGGAGAGCUUUGUGACCGAGGAGACCAGUGGUCCUCUGGUGGGGCAGGUCAAAGGCAUUGGUGGUGUCAUCGAAAUGCUUCGUGCGAAGUAUGGCUGCUCCAAGGGCCAGCGCUUGCGGGUCAUAGGUGAGACCCCUGCCUUGUUGCAGUUCGAAGGCGGCAAAACGGCGCCCAAGAACCAUGAAGGUAGUGGCUGGAAAUGGGUCAUUGGAUCGGACGCCCUUGAGCUCAGCAUGCAGCAAAAGCAUGCCGGGCAGGUGUCGCGCCAGGCGGAGAUGGCGGCCACGCUCCACGCUCGCGACGAGCGCUUAGCCCAGGAAGCCGCGCAGAAGGUCAAAGACAAGGAGCGUCGUGCAGCCGAGAAGGCUGCGCUGGAAGAGCUGGUCUCAAAGGAGCAGCCGGAGUUGAAGGAAGCCAACGAUGCUGCCGCCACCAGGGAGGACAUGGAGAAGCAGCAGGUGCUUCAAGUCCCCAAGGAGCACGAGGUUGCUGAGGAACCAACGGCUCUCCACAAGGAGGUGCUUGAGAACAAGGAGGUGAAGGAGGAUCUCAAGGAGAAGGAUCGAGGGAAAGACGAUGAGAAAGAAAAGAAACAAGAGGCAUUGAAAGAGAAACAGGAGAAAGACAAAGACAAGGCAAAAACGAAGGCAAAGGAAAAAGAGAAGGAGAAGGAGAAGGAAAAAGACAAGAAGAAGGACAAGAAACAUAAAGAGUCUGAAAAGGAAAAGGAAAAGAACAUGGAGAAGGAACAAGAGAAGGAGAAGGAGAAGGACAAGGAGAAAGAAAGGGACAAGGACAAAGAGAAGAAAGCAAAAGAGAGCGAACAUGUGAGAGAAGAUGAAGAUAGCGAUAAGGCCACGAAGAAGAAGAAGGCAAAGGAGAAGGACAGGGAGCGAUCGCGCUCCGAGAAGAAAGAGAGGUCGAAAGAACGUCACAAAAAGAGGGAGAGAUCCAGAUCGAGAUCCAAAUCAAGAUCAAAGGAACGUGAGAAGAAGAAGAAGCACAAGUCGCGAUCAAGAUCAAAAGGUCGAGAGAGGGCCAAAGAUAGAGCUGAGAAAGACAAAGACCGGAAAAAGGACCAUGAGAAGAGGAAAAGAAGCACUAGCUCAGAUUCUUCCAGAGCGAAAAAGAAGGACCGAGGUCGGGCCAAGGAAAGAGACCGGAGGAAAAGAAGCGAGAGCUCUGAUUUGUCAAGAGCCAAAAAGAAGGAGAAGGAGCGAAGUAAGGAGACAGAUCGAAGGCGAAAGAGUGCUUCUCGAUCAGAGGCCGAAGAAAAGAAGAAGAAGAAACGAAGCUCAGAAUCCGCUGAAAGAAAGGCCAAGGACUCCAAGGAACAGAAAAAGAAAAAGAGGCGGAGUUCUUCCUGA